AAAAUACUCACUGCCAGGUAAAUACAGACUUGAAGAGCCUUCUAAUACUGCACACGUGAGUCGGCGGCUAUUGAAAUAUUGAUUUCCACGCCCUUAGACGAGCGAGCGACGGCCGACCAAUGGUGAGGACGUGAGUGUGGUUGAGUUUUAGUUGUAAUACGGAUACGAAGACUCACAACAAAGGCCUCCUGACGUAAAAAAAGAGUGCGUGUGGCAUCCAUGGUUAUCUUGACUCCCUUGCUUCUUUGGCCUGAAGGUGGAACAGGCCAGUGUUUGUGAUUGUUUCCGAGUCUCCUCAAGAUAUUAUCCGCCAAAACAAUUAGAAAGCCAUGCGGAGAUCAUUGCUCAACUCUAGAUCGAUUGUCAAACUGUGGACACAAACAAUUCAGGGCCCAGUUGUGCAUUAAAAUGAGAGUAAGAUCUAUGAACUUGCUAUCACUUGUUCCACAUCCUUUCAACUCUCCAGACCUCCCCAAAACUCUAGUUCUCAACGUCCAAUAUGUUUGCCAUGGGGAUCACCAGACAACGCGAGCGGGACACUAACGCCUCUCAAAGCCGCAAAUCUGAACGUGAAGCUUAUGAGCGCAAGGUUCAACGCGAAAUUGCACGCGAAUUGGCCAAGCAAGAGGCUGAAACUCCUCAGGAGGAGGACGAUCUGGCCAAGACCAACACCGGCAGCUUCUACGACGUUUGCAAGAACGAAAACGAGACUCUUCCGGAGAAGCCCAAAGGCCGCUCGCAAGCCGCCGCUUACCGAGAACUCAAAAAGAAGAACUCCAAUCCGGAGUUGAAGAAGUAACCGCUUCUCAGCUCAAAGACUGGCGAGAGGUUGCCCUUCAUUUGACCGGCUAACCUCAUUUUGUAGUGUUAGCACCCGCAGAGAGACAGUUAUCUUUUUCGUAAUUCCUGUGUUUCAUUGAAAUCGAAGUUGGUGGUUGGUCGUUGAGUAAUCGCAAAUCAAAAUGAGCAUGAUCCACGCUUUGGCUCGGUCCAGAUUUCAAAAACGGACCGCCGAGCAAGAACGAGAGAAUGAAGGCCGGGGCAGCCCAGUCAAAACAGUCAUGGGCGGCUUGGCCUCCAAACCCAAGCUCCACGACCAGUUGAAAGGCGGGAAAACGAUCGACAAGCUUACCUCCAAAGUCCCCGAGUCCGUCGAAGACGUACCUUUCCGCAGACAAGAUCGUCGCAUCUUGAAUGCCCGGAAGAAAAGGAUCAUGGAUCGGAAACUCAUCAAGUGUCUGAUCCUCUUUGGUAUUGUGGCCCUUUUGGGUGGAGUGGCUCUUAUCCUAACUUGGGUUUACUUGAAGGACGGCAACUCGGCCGAGAAGUUGGUCUCUCCAUUGCUUUUUCUUGGCAUUGGAAUAAUCAUAUUCGGAGUGGUCCUCAUGCUUUGUUCCAUCGAGAUCUGCAGCCGGUUAAUCAAAAACAUAAAACGAGUCCAAGAUCCGGAAAUUGACCGAGCUAAAAAUCUGCAUCAUGUGAAGCAUUGGAUCGACCCAGCCCUCAUUCCCUACGGUUGGGGUCAGGAGGAUGAUUAUCAAGACGUCUCGGAUGUGGUGGAGGCCAAUCUCUAUGGUGAUAAAGCGGCCUUGGUCAGCUCUCGUGGAGGUGCCGCGAUUCGGCCGUAUUCAUCGGUCUCCAAUGGUCAAACUAACGUGAUCCACCCGUCGGACUCGCCGCAUACGAUCAUUGACCUUAUGGACGAAAGCAGCCCUCAUAUGGCGUUGGCCCUCGAAAUGGCCCAAGUACGACCCAACUCUGCUGAUAUCCCCUCGGACAUUUUUGACGAAUCUCUUCGUUACAGCAACAUCGACCGACCUAAGCUUCUGAUUGACAGAUCCUCGCCCACCACGGCUAAACAAUGGCGGGGUGAGUUCAUUUCGGAAGAGGAUCGGAUCGCCAAUUUGUUCUCUCAGAGGAACUAGAGGCCACCCUGGUCCGAAUAUCCUCGACCUGAUGGACGUGCUCAUUCAACAUCUGUGAUUUGAUAUCUACUCUUAAUUCUAGAACCUGAUCAUUGGUCUACAGGCCAAGCAAUUUGUGUGUGAUUUUUAUAUUUCAAUUCGCAGACACAAUUCUCAUUUGCAUUUGAUUGAUCUAUUUCCAAAAUAUACGUAGCUUACCGAUAAAGAAACGAAUAUAUUAAGAUAUUGCA